AUGUCGUCGAUAGCGCAAGUUUCAAUUAAUUCUGGUGAUUUGAUACUGGGAACCCUUUCAACAUCAAUUGAAAAAUUGCAAGAUCAAAUUCGCAAAACGCAAUUGUCUCAAAAACGAUUAAAUACUGAUUGUGAGAAUAUGGCGGAGUAUUUGCGUGACCUGAUCGAAUUCAAACAACCUGUUGACCUUUUGCCAUAUGUCGGAAAACUGAAUGACUCAACACUGAGAAUAAACGCUACUCACAAGAAGCUCGAGGAGCUUUUGGACCGUUUGACAAAGCUUCAACGCCAAAUUGCUCGCGAGACGUACAAAAAGAAAACGUCAAUCCGCGAGCAAGUUCCUCCACUCAACCCAGAACAUUAA